GAUAACACUCGGGAAGUAACCUUCGCCCGGCGCGGUGUAUCCGUCCGUCAAUAAAAUCCUACUAACUAGACAAAAUACGUAAUCGUAAAAGUGUUAUGGUUAGAUUACCAGUGAAACAAAUUCGGAGCUGAUGGCACGUACUUUGUUCCGAAAAAAGAAGAGCUUGUUAUAAAAGCAGGCAGCAUGGAGAAGGAAACAUCGGGUCACUCGCUCAGCACCAUGGCGACCCAGCAGGCGGAGGGCGUCACCUUGACCUUGAUCACAGAAACACCCAAGAAGAAUGGAAGUACAGAAGAUGACUACGAUCCCCAUUUACACAGGGAAACACCAAAUGCUACUUCAAACUUCGAGACUCUCGUGCACUUGCUGAAGUGCAGCUUGGGUACCGGCAUCCUGGCCAUGCCUCAGGCGUUCGCCAAGGCCGGGCUGGUCACCGGCACCAUCGCCACCGUGCUCAUCGGGAUACUGCUCACCUACUGCUUGCAUAUUCUGGUGAGCUCUCAAUACCGGCUGUGCAAGAAGGAGCGUGUGCCGCUCCUCACCUACCCGGAGUCCAUGAAGGUGGCCCUGCGCCAUGGCCCGAGCUGCUUGCGUCCCUUCGCCAACAUCUCCGCGCCCAUUGUCGACGUCUUCAUCGUCGUCUACCAGCUGGGCAUCGGCUGCGUCUACAUCGUCUUUAUUGCCGAGAAUGUUAAGAGUUUAGUGGACCCAAUCUAUGAGAUGUCGCUGACCCUAUACAUGGUCAUCGUGAUGGUGCCUCUGCUCUGCUUCACCAUGAUCCGAGAUCUGAAGAGGCUGGCUCCGUUCUCCCUGGUUGCCAACGUGUUGACCCUCAUAGGGGUGUGCGUCGUGGUCUACUUCCUACUGGCCCUGGAGCGCAAGCAAGGGGACCUGGACCUGUGGGGAUCGUUCAGUACUUUCCCACUGUUCUUUGGUACAGUCCUGUUCGCCUUGACGGCUGUUGGUGUGGUGAUAACCCUAGAGAACAACAUGCAGAACCCGAAGUCAUUUGGCAGCACAUUCGGCGUUUUGAAUGUUGGCAUGGCAUUCAUUGUUUUGCUGUACGUCGCAGUCGGGGUGUUGGGAUAUUUGUUCUGCCUCUCUGACUGCAGGGACUCUAUCACCCUGAACUUGCCUAAACAACCGUUACCCAUGGUAGUACUUGGACUGUUUGCUGUGGCUAUUCUCAUAAGUUACGUCCUUCAAUGCUACGUCCCGGUUGAGAUCGUGUGGAAGACUUAUGUCCGACCGAAGCUGGUGGAGCGAGAGGUCAAAAAACUACUGCUUUGGGAGUACGUACUGCGAGUCGGCUUAUGCUUGCUCACAUUUAUACUGGCAGUGUGUAUCCCUCUGUUGGGUCUCUUCAUUUCCCUGUUUGGGGCACUUUGCUUGUCCGUAUUGGGACUCUGCUUUCCCGCCAUUCUUGAGCUGUGUUCAAAAUGGGGAACGCCGUCGCUUGGGAAAGGUACGAUUGUGAAGGAUAUCCUGAUCGUAAUAUUCGGCAUCGUUGGCAUGAUUGCCGGCACCUACACCACUAUGCUCAGUAUAGUUCGUGCGUUGUCUUAGUCGCCUCAUUGCUACAAGUAGAUACGUAAAUGUUUAAUAGAUGUACCUUCACUAGAACCACUGUGAGCGGCGAAAGAGAUAAGAAAGGAAAUGUUAUUAAGUAAGUAAAACUAUCGAUUUAUGGAACCUAUAAGUAAUAUACGAAAUUAUGACUUUUCUUAUAUUAUGGUAAGGCUUCUUAAAUUUGGCAUGAAUAGAUAAAUACGUAAACUUGAGUGAAUCCCCAGUAUCUAUUUUCUCGUCUUCAUCAGCCCCUCACAGUUCUCCAAGUGAGGAUGCAUCCUCAAGGCACUGCCUGCGACCGAUAGCCUAUCCACCUGCGACUGUAGGUAGACUCUGUGAAAUACAUUUUAUUGUGUGAUAGAGAUCUGAUAAUAAUGUACUUUUAGUUCAGUAUGCUUUUAGUAGAUAUUAUGUCAGGCCAAUAAUGAAAAGCAUCUAAUAAGCAUGCUUAAAACGCCAAUACGUAAAUUGUAUUUUAAUUUCAUUUACCUAGGUAAUACUAAUUCUAUUAAAUUUUAGAAAUGCAAGAAAUGCAUCUUUUUAUCUACUGCAUAUAUUUGGAUAGGUCCGCUAUUCCAAUACAAUUUGAAUAGAUGAUCUAAUAAAUAAAUGGUUUUGAUAUUGUGUUUUUGCAAUAGCCCUACUGUUUGCUUUUGUAAAGUAGGUAAAUUAAUUGAAUUAUGUAUGUAUAAGCUUAGAUAUUCUCUGUUUAGGCCAUCUAUCUAGAAUAUUUUGUAUGUUUUGCAGUGGCGAAGGGUCCAUACAACACUAUUAUUAUAUUCGCAUCGGCUACCCUUUUGGAUUAACACUGAUUUGAUAUUUGUACGUCUCACGAUAUUUUCAUGAUACCUACUAUAUAUUUUUAACAAUAUUUUCGAAAUUAACCCUUCGCCAAUGACGUGUUGUGAAUGAAUGAAAUUUUGGAUUAGUUUACACUAGUUCCUUUUCUGUUUACCUAUCUUAAAGAUUUUGAUGUUGUAACUUAUACAAACUCAACCAACGAAUCUGAUGGAUUCUCCUUGAUGUUUCACGUUAUUCGUGUAAAUUUAGAACUUUUGCGACGGUUGUAUGGUUGUGCUGUUUGUAGAUAAUUAUGUAAUUAAGUAUAUCGUACAACUUUCUUAAACUAUUUCUUUUUUUUGUUUGAGUUCUGGGCCACGAUUUAAUUAGAAAGCUUUUGACAGCAGUAUGGGAGUUUUACGAGUAUUUACUUACCUUUCAAGGGAUGUAUACAAUGUAUUCUGUAACUCACAAUACUGUCAGCUAAUAAGUAAGCUGUAUUCGCGACCCUUUAAACAAAUUGCUUUAUGUGGAGUAGUUUAAUUAUAUGUAUAGUGUAAGUACUAAGUACCUAAUAUACUUACCAAAGUUUCUGAAUUGAGUGAAGUUGUGCUCAUGAAAAAUCCAACCAAUCACAGCGCAGCAUUUCACUCUUAAGGUGAAGUGUAAGCCAUUGCACUUCUGCGUUUACAGAUUUACGCAAUUGAGAAACUGGGCUUUAAUUCUCGAAUGUUAAAAUGUAUUUCUGUAUUUUAUUAUUUUUGCCCAUAGAUAUUAUUUGAUUGCCGUUUGUUUGAUUUACAAAAAAUAUACAAGUUUACC